UCUCCUAACUGGUUGAAAUCCGUCGUGAGUUCCUUCUUACAAGAAGAAGUAGGCUGAGAUUCAUACGGCGCUGAAUGAGAGAGAGAGAGAGAGAGAGAGACGGAGAGAGAGAGAGAGAGAGAGAGAGACGGAGCGAGAACGAGAGAGAGAGCGAGAACGAGAGAGAAAGACGGAGCGAGAGAACGAGAGCGAGAGAGAAAGACGGAGCGAGAGAACGAGAGCGAGAGAGAAAGACGGAGCGAGAGAACGAGAGCGAGAGAGAAAGACGGAGAGAGAGAACGAGAGCGAGAGAGAAAGACGGAGCGAGAGAACGAGAGCGAGAGAGAAAGACGGAGAGAGGGAGUCCUUUAUAUUGUAGAUGUGGGAGCAGCUCUCAAUAUGAGCACACAGCUCGGAGGGUGAGGACCAUCAGUAACAGCAGCAUCAGCACCAGCAGCAUCAGUCCCCGCGAUGGAUUGUGUUCUGUGCAACACUUUGUGUGCGCGGAGACGGAGGCCGUGAAGGCAGAUAGAUAACAAUGUGGAUAGCAGAUUAAACUCAAAUACUCGUGCUUGUGAUUUAAACCUUGAUUUCAAUCUACCAGGAAAGUUGAUUUUGGGCACUUUUAUGAUUCCGCGUCGCAUUGCUACCGCCGGGCACUUCAACAGGGCAUCAGCCGUGCUCAUCUCCGCGACACAUUUACGACUAUUCUAAGUGGCAGCUAUUACACCUGACUGAUGACACUCUGUUAUCGGGAUUUCGUUUCCCUUUUGCGCCCGGACCCCAACCAAACCUCAUAUUCUGAGUCGGCAGAGUAUGUCUUUGGAGGAUAAGCUUGGCAACAAGGGCUUAUCAUUCACUCCGAUGGGGAUAGAGGAUAAUAACAUGAGGAACGGCAGAGGCCUGUCGGACCAAUGGGCCGAUAGCAUGGUGGUUCGGCCCCGGACCACGGAGCGAAGCAUCACCGUCCACAAGAAACUGGUCCUGGGGUUCGCCAUCUCCAUCCUCACCCUCAUCGUCGUCACGGCCAUCGCGGUUCUCCUCAGCGUCCGGUUCGAGGAGUGCGCCGGGGAGAGCAGCUCACGAGGGGCCAAUGGCUCUAACGCCAAGUUCAACGGGUCACGGGAUGGAAACGGGAACCACAAAGAUGAAGAAGCCCAGCCGUGGAGACACCUCCGGUUACCGACAUCUCUCCGGCCCCGGCACUACGACCUGCGUCUCUCAGUGAACAUGGAUAACUUUACAUUCUCCGGGGAAGUGAACAUUGAAUUCGAGUGUGUGAACUCUACCAAAUUCAUAGUGCUUCACACGGACCGCCUCGAGGUGGAGAAAGUGGCGGUUUACUCGGAUAAUAAAAAACCCGGUGUCAUGAGAAUCCACCGCCAAUUCCAUUACCCAGGCAACCAGGUUUAUGUGAUCGCUCUGCACAGGGAACUGAAGCCCAUGAGGACGUAUAAAGUAAACAUUACUUUCGACGCUCAAAUAGAAAGUGAACUCCUGGGAUUUUUCCGCAGCUCAUAUAUUCUGCAAGGAGAGAGAAGGUACAUGGCGGUGACACAGUUCUCCCCCACCCACGCCAGAAAGGCCUUUCCGUGUUUUGAUGAGCCCAUCUACAAGGCCACGUUCCGGAUCAGCCUGAGACACGAUGCGUCCUACCUCUCUCUCUCCAACAUGCCUGUAGAGGCCUCCAUCUCUGAUGAUGAUGGCUGGGUGACCAACCACUUCUCCAGGACCCCUCGAAUGUCCACCUACUACCUGGCCUGGGCCGUCUGUAACUUUACCUACAGAGAGGUGACCACUGACAGUGGAGUGGUGAUCCGGCUGUAUGCCAGGCCCGACGCCAUCCAGAGCGGAGCGGGUGACUACGCUCUCCACAUCACAAAGAGACUCCUCCAGUUCUAUGAGGAUUACUUCAAAGUCAAAUACUCCCUGCCCAAAUUAGACCUGCUGGCCGUGCCCAAGCACCCCUACGCUGCCAUGGAGAACUGGGGUCUGAGUGUGUUUGUAGAGCAGAAGAUCCUACUGGACCCAGAGGUCUCAUCCUUCUCCUACCAGAUGGAGCUAACCAUGGUGGUGGUGCAUGAGAUCUGCCAUCAGUGGUUUGGUGACCUGGUAACCCCCGUGUGGUGGGAGGAUGUCUGGCUGAAGGAAGGCUUCGCUCACUUCUUUGAGUACGUUGGAACGGACUUCCUCUUCCCCAAAUGGAACAUGGGUGCAGCUCUGAUCAGGAUGCUGGCUAACGUCAUGGGGCAACAGGUGUUCCAGAGAGGACUCAAUGAUUACUUGAUGACACACAUGUACAGCAACGCAGGCAGAGAUGACUUGUGGAACAAACUGACUGAGGCCAUGCAGAAGGAAGGGAAGGACAUCAACAUUAAGGAGGUGAUGGACUGCUGGACCCUCCAGAUGGGUUAUCCUGUUGUGACCAUCAGUAAGAACUACAGUCUGGACCACAGCGUCACCAUCACACAGGAACACUUUGUCUACGACAGGGACGCCAAGAUCCGAGACCCUGACCUUUUCAACAGAAGGUAGGUACUGUCAGCUGAGGAC